UGAAAUGAGAUAAAAACUCGUGCAAAUAUCAGCAAAAAGACCAAUUAGGCAGCUCGUAUCAGUAGAAAAUGAUGAAAUAAUUUUUCAACUUGCAGUACCUACUCGAAAUAUCUUGAAAAUUCUAUGGUGAACCAUAAAAAUUAUGGAAUCACGUUACGUAUCAUGAAUUUAGUAUUUUCGCCAAGUCAACACUGGAGAUUACAAACACUUUAUUAUUUUUCGUUGAAAAACACAGCACAGUUGAGUCCUGAAACACACCGGUGUUCUUGAAAUAUUUUACGAUUAUCGUUCAUUUUUUACGUUUAAUUUUCGGUGAAAUAGCUAGUUUUUUAUAAUAAUUCCGCAGUCAUGUUGAUCACGUUGGAUAUAAACGAAAUGGUAUUCAAAUCCUUUCUAUUUUACGCUUCUAUUUUAGUAGGCAAAACGAUGAUAAUGUCACCACUUACUGCUAGAUGGAGAUUCAAAAAACGAGUGUUCAUCAGCUCAGAAGAUGCUCUCCUGAGAGGUUCGCGAGUCGGUUACGAUGACGAAGAUAUCGAAAGAAUAAGAAGAGCUCAUAGAAACGAUAUCGAAAACAUACCAAUGUUCUUAUUCGCUGCACUAAUGUACAUGUUGACAGAUCCGGUACCAUGGGUUGCCAUUAAUUUAUUCCGGCUGUAUACGUUAUUGAGAUUUAUUUAUACUUAUGUUUAUGCUAUUCGUGUAUAUCCACAACCUACCAGAGCCAUAGUUUGGGGUAUGAGUUACUUAAUUAAUUGGUAUAUGAUAAUUAAUUCUACUGUGAAAUUUGUUUCUUUGUGAACCGUUGAUCUUUAGUGUGAAGACUGAUUAUCGUAGGCAUUAUAUCAUAUAUUUUAAUGGGGCAUUUUUCAAUUUUAUUCGUAUAUUGUUAUUUUUAUUUCAUUUUGUUGUGUAUUUAUUUAAAGGCUCGAUGUGUGUAAGAAGGUAUGUUGUAUCGGUUGAAAUGAAAAGUUCUGCAUUUUA